AUGCCGAGGGAGCGAGAGUUAAUUUUCUUCUUGACUCGUAAGCUCGACCACCUCCGGCAAAGGGUCGCCCAAUACGAGGCGAAAAUUGAGAGCUGGGAGGAAAGAAGGAGGAAGAAGGCAUGGUCGCUCUUCUUGGGGAGGAAAAGGGCGGGUGGGCAAAUGUUUCCCACCAGGCUCGAAGGCCACACCAGGAAGGAGCUGAAUGCACACAAAGUAGGAAGCAUUACAAAGCACAUAGCCGAUGCUGAAGAAACUCAUAAGGACCUUACUCGUUCGCAAGCUGCCGUUUAUUGGUGGGAAAAGAGUGAGGAGGAAAUGCUGAAGCAGAAGAAAGAUCUGGAAGAGAUUAUGGGGCGAGGACGUGCCGCCAGAGAGAGUGCGAAGGAGAGAGAGGAAGAAGAGCGGAAGGCAGCAAAGGAAGAAACCCGCAAGGCAGCCGAAAAAGAAAAUCUGAGGAGGAGGAGGAAGGAGGAGGAGAGGAAGCAAAGAGAGCAGGAAGAGAAUGAGAGAAUGAGAAAGGAUGAGAAGAGGGGGAGGGAACAAGAAGAACAGGAGAGAAAGAGAAGAGAAGAAGAAGAAAGGGAAAGAAGAAAAAGAGAAGAAGAAAGAGAGGAGAGAAGGAGAAGGCACGCAGAGGCAGCGGAAAGGAGGCGGAGGGUAGAGGAAGAGGUGGCGAGGAGGAGGAAAGAGAACGAAGAUACGGAGAGACAAAGGCUGAGGAGGAGGGCGCCAGGAGGGUCGAGGCCGAGGCCAUUCGCCUCACCAAGAGGAGGCAGAACGAAAGAAUGA